UGAACGUAGAUCAUUUAUACAAACUAAAAUUAUUGAAACCAUUCUUUUUUUAUAUGUGUGUAUACUAUGGCGUCGUAUAAUGCCUACAAAAAUGGUAAGACAUACUUAAUACCUAGUUUUGGCAUAUAAUGAGAAAUAUGAUUAUUAUUAACAUCAAAUUUUUUUUAAUUUCAGUUAUGCGACGUUCAUUUUCAAUGUUGUAAAAUGAUUUAUACUACAUGAAAAAAAAUAUAUUUCUUGACUUUAUACAAUUUGCCUAUACUUCGGGCUUAAAAAAAAAAAUGAAUAAUAUUCCAAAGGUUCAACUGAAGAAGAGCACAUCACUGGCAAAGAAACAUUUGACAGCAAGUAUGAGACCUGCAAAAAAAAUAACCAUGAUAAAUACAUUGACAUUAAUGAUCUGAGUUUAAAAAGAUUACCAGAAAACUAUCAGGAUAGUGAACUUUUGUAUUUUAUUAUGCUUCAAGCUGAUUUGACCGGACGUAUAGAGGUUACAAAUACAGUUGUGAAUGGUGAACUGAAAGUGAUAAGAGGGACGGGAUUUGUUCAAAAAAUAAGGCUAGGAAAACUUAGCAAUUGCCCAUGUCCAAAAUGCAAAGGCGAAUACGAGGUGUAUGCAAUAUUGACAAUAACCACUGUAAAUCACGUUGUCGGUACGAAGGACAUGUUUAGUAAUUCCACUAUGUUAUUAGAGACAUCAAAACAAUCUUUCACAAUUUAUGGAAACAAAAUUAUAAAGACAGACCGAGAUGAAGAUAGUAAUGAAGAUUGGUGUGCAGUUGAAUUUGUCUCACAUGAAAUAGAUAAAGUAAAAGAACUUGAAAUCACAUUAGAGAAUUUAAAGAAAAAACAAGGGAAACUUUAUAAAAGAUACAAAGAUGAUGUCAAACUGGUUGUAAUAACAGGAUAUCCACAUGGUUUAAACAAAAAAGUUAGUUUUGGUGAACUUAGUGGUGAUAAAGAAAUCCUCAAGGAAGUUAGGGCUAGUCAAGAGUGGUGUAGAUAUCUAUAUAACGCCAUUACGUGCCCUGGAAGUAGUGGUUCUCCUGUAUUUAUUCUUGGUCAGCCCGUCUGUGGGUAUGGUUACUGGUUUGGACACUCACACAACCACAGUAAGGGAUCAAAAGAGGAUGAGAGCAAACAAAUCAACAUUAGCUCCGUUGGUGUUGAUAAAAAAUAA